AUGUGGAUUUUUCAGCUAACGGUGCAGUCAACGAUUCACUCAAUGAGACCGUCAAUACUGCGCGCUCCAUCCCAGACUGAUCAGAAGAAACCUGAUGUCGCAAAUGUCGUCUGA